GCAAUCACAAUAAGCCUACACUUAUUAACCCAGUUUCAUUCAACUUCUUACAAAUUAAAUGGUUCAACAAGAAGUGGUCAUGGCCCAUAGGAGAUAAAGGGUGCUGCGAAACUGUUAGCUGCAGAUGUCGUCAGUGGAACAAAUAUGGAAAGGGAAAGAAAAGGGGUGUGGGGGAGAAAGAACUGUAUUAGCAAUAGCAUCAAAGGAAAGUGGGCGGCAUGAAAGAUUUUAACCAAUGGAAACAAAGCGCAGAUGUAGGCUCAUAAUGACAAGGCCAGAAGUCGUGACCGCAGCUUUCUGCCCCAGCACCGGAAACCAGCACACACUUUCCUGGGAGUAUAGGCAAGAAAAAAAAAAAGAAAAAAAAGAGGGGGGAGGUGCUGCAGGAGCCAGCCCUGUGCACCGCAGCGGCAGUGCCGAGUUCCGCGUCUUUCUAUCUGCUCUUUUGUUUUCGCUUGUCGACGCCACUCCUGGAGGGCGCUAGGGAGGCGCGCGCGCCGUGCUCAAUGCCGGCGGCCGGGGUUGAAGCGGCGGCGGACCAGCGCGCGCCCGCGAGUUGCUGUGUUGAGCGGGCGCUGAUCCGGCCGCGCCUCUGCGCUCGUGCCGCUCCUCCUCAUCUUCUUCUCGAGGAUUUUUUCUCCCGUACCGCUCGCUUCGAGGCGCAAAGGAGCGGCCCCUGUACGGGAGCGUAGCCUGCCUGGGGUUCGGCUGAGCGCGAGUCGGCUUCGCACUGGCUCGACUCGCCAACAACAACCGUCGGCAAGGUCGCGGAAAUGCCCUGACUGUCUUGUCUCUCUUUGGCUCCGAGCACACCGGAUGAAGCCGCAUGCGGUCGGGGCAACGACUUCGCAGUGCAGCCGACCUGCUUGCACAGUCAUUUAGAAAGCCUCAAACGGCGCCAGCUGUGGUGUGAGGAAGCUGCGUUUAGAAACCGGAACACUUAAAGUGACUUCGUGUUCCGUACUAGGUGUCAUCGCAGUCCUUAACCGUCGUUCGGGGUCUGGUUCCCUGAGGCCAACAGUGGGUGUGGACCAAGUUCCCGGCGAAGUUGUAGACUCGGCUUGAGCGAAAUUCCGGCGCGGAAGUCGCUCCCGAUGUGUUCGGCGGUUGGCCGUCGCGCCGUUUUCGUGGCCAGUGGAAGAGACUGGAUUUCUGCUGCUUCUGUUGCUUCUACGGUUACUGUUCUUGCAUCCCCUUCUGUUGACUCGCCUGUUGCUCUCCUGCGCCGUGACUUUGGUGCGGUGGCUGACCCCGACUUUGAGUCACGAUGGUUCCUGGUCUGAGCGUGAAUUCCGUUUCGCAGUCGACUUUAGCCGCUGACGUGCGACGAGGCAUGUGUUUCGGUGGUGAUGGACACGUGUGCGCGACCCGGCAGCCACGCCAUCGGAGCGCCGUACUGUUUGGAGUAGUACUGCUGCUUGGAUGCUGGUCCCGACAGGUCGGUGCCCGGUACCAGGCGGUCACAGCCGAGGCUCAAACAGUGACGGCGCUGGAAGGCAGCCAGGUGCAAUUGAGCUGCGACAUAAGCGCUCCGGGCAUCGGUGACUUCCCGGUGCGCAUCCGCUGGUUCAAGGACUCCAGUGAAAACUCUGUGUAUAGCGUAGAUGUCAAUCCGAGAACGGGGAGCCUGUCACAGAUCCGCCAGAGCGCGCAGCGUAGCAGCUUGCAAGGUCGUGCGUACUUUUCGGUGAUCCAGACACCCGCCGUGCUCAGCAUCGACCGUCUUCGGCAGGCCGACAACGGAUCCUACACGUGUGCGGUGGACUUCAAGAAAGACUGGACUCGAAAACUCACAACGCAUCUCAUAGUUAUAGUACCUCCCAAGCGGCCCGUCAUAAUGGACGAAAAUGGCACGAAGAUUGACAACAUCACCAGGCCGUACCUCGAGGGCGAAGACCUCACUCUGACCUGUGACGUCUACGACGGCCAACCAGAGCCCGUGGUGACAUGGUGGCGUGGCUCGGAGCUCCUGCAGCAAGCGCUGAGCCGCAAUUCCGGUGGCCAUCCACGCGCCACGCUGUUGCGCCUGCGGCUCACGCGAGCCGACUACCAGGCGCGGCUGACAUGUCGCGCAACCAACAGCAACAUUACGCUGCCCGUGGCCACAACCAUCGUCGUCAACAUGCACUUGAAGCCAGUCUCGGUUGAUAUCAAAGGACCCCGGGGACCACUGUCGGCGGAGCUACCUGCGCAGGUGAUCUGCCAGGUGAACGGCUCAAGGCCAGAGGCACUGGUACGCUGGUUUCUGGGACCGUACCAGCUGAACGACACCGAGACGCACGUCAUCUCGCCUAACACCACGCUGGGAGUGCUGAACUUCGUGCCGGGAGACCGCGACCAUGGCGCGCGGCUGCGUUGUCUCGCCUCCAACUCGGCGAUAGGUGGAGCGCCGGGCAGCACAUCCGAGCCGCUGGAAGACUCCUGGAUACUGGACGUCCACUACAAACCGGUGGUGCAGCUGCGGCUGGGAAGCGGCCUCAGUCCGUCCAACAUCCACGAGGGCAUCGACAUCUACUUCGAGUGCAGUGUGCGCUCCAACCCACCAGUGAGCGAGGUCUCGUGGACCUUCGAUGGUCGGGACCUCCACACGGAUGGCGCCCGAGGCAUUAUCGUCAGCAACCAGUCACUCGCGCUGCGCUCUGUCAACCGUACCAAUAGUGGGUUCUACGCCUGCCACGCUGCCAACUCGGAAGGUGAAGCCGAGAGCAACCGUCUACGGCUCAGGGUUCUGCAUUCACCAGUGUGCCAGUUGGGCCACCGACAGCAUUCGCACUCGGUAGCGAAGCACGAGACGGUAGACGUGGAAUGCGAUGUGGAGGCGGACCCGAACAACGUGACCUUCUCGUGGACCUUCCACCAGGCGCACCGCUCCGCUCCACUGUCUCCGAACGCCAGCUUCUUGACACCCCCGGGGGCACCGCUGCGCUCGGUGCUGCGCUACACACCGCGCUCGGACACCGACUACGGCACGCUCUACUGUCGUGCACGCAAUGCCGUCGGCGAGAGCCUCGAGCCUUGCAUCUUCCAGAUACACCCCGUCGGUCCUCCAGUGACACCAUACAACUGCAGCGUCGAGGAAGUGACGUCAGAAGGCGUGCACGUUGUGUGCCAGCGCAGCGGGGAAGGACAGCAGCAGACUUUUUUGUUAGAGCUCCAGGAUGGCCAGACCACGCCUAUCAUGACAAACUUCACCUCCGGCCAACCCAGUUUCCGCGUCCACUCACUGAGGCCAGCCACGCGGUACCAGAUGGCGCUGUACGGUAUCAACGCCAACGGCCGCAGCGAGCCCGUCCAUUUGACCGUGUUCACACUGCCUGUGGGCAGGGGACUGGUCAACAAAGCUGACACAAAGUGGUCCCUAGGGUCUACCACGCUGUGGGCAGCCACACUGAGCGCCGUAGCAGCCUUUCUCAUCGUAUUCAUCGCACUUACGCUGGGAAAAUUCAGGCGGAAGAUCCUCUUCAACCGAGCUCAGAAUGUUUGGAACAGGAAUGAAAGGCCAUCUGCCAGAUGGAGCGAUCUCAACCACCGGUGUCGAUGUGCUGGCUAUUGGCAUCCAGGGAGCUGACCGUCUACGCCAUGCGGGCAACCUCGGUUAGGACCUUGCUCAGGUUGCUCAGCUUCGUCGCGAGCGCCUGACACCAUGGCGAGCGCCUCCGGUGCUUGGCAUCCAACAUGUUUUGUAACAGGCAGCCGGAGACGCCCAUGGAAUAUUUGUGGACACUGGACAUACACUUGGCCAGCAUGCCAAACAUGAUCACAACGAGGGAAGCUGUCUUGUCAAAACCUGGCUCUGAUGCCACGCCGAAGAUUUCCCGAUCCAAACUGCGCUUCUCUUCGCCGUCCUAACCUGGGCCGUCCGCGUUGUCAUGUGAAGGAACUUCUCACACCACAGCGAGUUUGUUGGACCACCUUUGCGGUUCUUCAAGGCUCGCUUUCAUCGUCACCAUCGGUCGUCGACAAUGCUCAGCCUUGUGUCGUGCCUUAAAGCCGCUUCUCAUUCGUGUCGACAUGUUGAAGAACAAUUCGGCAGCCAUGGACACUCGUCCUGUUGCCUAUCUCUCGUUGGUGUAAAUAAAGUUAACCCGUCAGAACA